CCACAUGACGCGGAAAGUCUACACUCUGCUGCGGAAAGUGCUAGUCAGUACACGAGCGUCUCUCAAACAAGCAAGGGUUCUAUGAAUGAGGUUCCAGACUUUACUUUGCUUUGAGAGUAACAUUGUGUAUAUGAUUAGUAUUUGAUGAAAGGAGCUAUUGCCAUCGCAAGUAUGAUAUCAACUAUGACCUCAAGACAAGCAGACAAGUACAGGCUGAACUACGUGGAAGUUGAGAUUGGCCCGCCAAAAAGAAGGGAGGGAGGUGAAAUACCACUUCUUAAGGUCGGUAAUGGAAGCAAGAACAGAGUGAACUACAGCACCAUCGUCUUCCCAGCAAGCAAAAAUGAGCACAAUAAAUGUGAUGGCAUCAAGACUGUGCCCCUGAUUCCCCCUCACCAGCAGAGCCUGCUGUCCCACAAAGGUACCACCUCAGGAAAAGGAGCUAACCAUCUACCCACCAGGGUCAGUAAUUCUGUUGCUGGGAUCGUGGUUGGGGGUCGGACAAGCAAUGGGAAUGGAAACCAUUCUAAGCUUGAGAGGAAAGGGAGUCGUAUCACGGAAGCACAACAGCAGCAGCAACAGCUUGAAACUCCCACAACACUACCUGGAUCUCCUCCUCGUCGAAGAGCUCUUUCCACUCCGACUAGUUCCAGGAAGUUUCCAAAGGAAGCCGAGAUUGACGAUACUACCAAAACCCAGCAGGAUAAGCCAAAAGUUUCACCUGUUUCAAAGACCAGGACACUACCUCCAAGGGAAAAGCUAUGGGACCCAGAGGCCUUGGAACAAGACUUUGGAGAGGACCAACAAGUGUCUUCAGGGAAGAAGCCUGAAACGCAAAAGCCACACACCCAUGACGCUGACAUGCUGUCUAACUCAACACCAUCAACACCAUCAUAUAAACUAACUCAAGCCAUGCAGGCAAUGCGAAUGAAAGUAAGGCGAAAGUCCUCCUCAGGUGAAGGAUAUGAGAUUGUGAAUGAACCAAUUGGAAUACUCAAGAUGACAACCCAGCAGCAGCAGGAUCAACCUCCUGCAUCACCAGGAACUGGCGACACUCCACCCUUGUCCCCAGAAUCACCCCUUACGAGCUCCCCAGUUAUGAAACGACACAGGACUGAGCUGGAGAAAGCAUUUGCCCGUCGCAAACUCACCGGGCGCAUCUCAGGUGAACCUGAGGGUUAUAUCCCUCACUCUUCCUCUGGAGAAUCUUCCCCACAAGAAAGUGUCCCCAGUCAGUUCUCUGAUGCUUCAUCAGCUGGGACAAGGUUUGUUCCUGUUCUUCCAAUGAUCAAGUCCAGUAGAGAUCGUGGACAAAUGGAUGGCCAGAAGACGGCAUCAGGAGAGUAUAGAUAUGUCGACAACCAGUCCACACGGAAGCCGAUUCCUGCUCCACGUUUCGGUCAGAGCCGUGAGUCCUCCAUGGAGAGUAUCACUGACUCUGUGUACUUGGCUCAGCGGCCGAUGCCUUCACCUCCUUCUGGCCAGACCACGGCCUCAACGGAUCCCACAGCAUCCCAGCAGACUGAUGAUACCUAUAUGAACGUUGCCUUUGGUAAACAAAAGCCGGAUUCACAUCGUUAUGAAAAUGUUUUCUUAGACGAUCGAACCAUGAGCCUUGAUCAUUGUUCCAACACCAGUGAUUCUCCAAGAGAUAGCCUGGAGAUUCAUUCCAACCGUCCCAUUCCAGCGCCUAGACAUCACAGCAGCAGCGGCAACUUAACUUCCGACCAAGAUAUCAAACACAAAAGUAGCAGCCAGCACCAGCAGGGCAAGCAGCAUGGCCAUACAAGACAAGGCAGUUACGGCAGCACAGCAGCCAUCUUCAGUCAUAUCAACACCACCUCAGUUCCUGUGCUACCCAGCUGUCCAAACAAAACCAAACAGAACACUGUUCAGAGUGGUGGAUCAAACUCCCUCUAUGCAAUCCCCUGUAAGAACGGGAUGAAUGCAGCUCCCUCCAGCAACCAUGGCCAGACACCAAUGAAAGCAUCUCAUGGCAUUGCCCCUGAGGUCCCAGUCACCUCCAAGCCUGAGAUUCCAAGUCAUGGUUGCUUCCCUCGACGAGAUUCACACGGUAGUACGGGUAGCUCCGGUGGGUGCAAAGUCUCUGAUUUACAACAAGUUGAGAAAUCAUCCAGCAUCAGUAAGUCCAUCAGCCACCUGCUGAAAGAUAGCGAGCGGCGAGAGAAGAAGCAUCACAAGUCUCAUGGUGACAAGAAGUCACGUGAAGACAGGAAGGGGCAUGGGGAGAGAAAAGGUCGACAUGGUGAGAAGGGUGACCGAGAAAAGAGAGGUCAUGGAAAGAGACACAGAGGUGACAAUGCCAGCCACAGUUCAGCUCAUUCAAACAAGUCCAAACCAGAGAGACCUAGUUAUGAAAUAGAUAGAGAAGGGUUUACCAAGCUACAAUUUGUGUGUGCAGGGAACCAGCCGUGGUACUAUGGACGUAUGUUACGCCAGGAGUGUGAAUACCUCAUGCUAUCCCAGGGCCAGUCAUGUCAGUACCUCGUCAGAGACAGCUCUCAUAGGACCGGAGACUUGAUGUUGUCUGUUCUCUAUGGCCAGAAAGUCCACCACUAUGUGAUCCAGACUACACCCAACAACAAGUUCCACAUCGCUCACCAUGACUUCAACAUGGUAGAGGACAUACUGGAAUUCUAUCACCACCAUGUUAUUAUGUACUCACCAGAGAGGGAGCCAGUCUAUUUAACAGAACCAUUUAUCCUCAAGCACAAGUAAAGGCAAAGUAAGACCAAGGCCAAAUUUCAUAGCGCUGCUUAGCGGCCAAUUUUGUGCUUACUGUGCGAUUUCCA